GAGAUCAAAUCUGACGUCACUGAGAUGGGAACUUCGGGGGAACUAUUUAAUAAAGGCUGUGUAACUUGCGUAUUUUUAGGACUUCCAGUUGAGAUUAAAGAGCAUGGCGGGGAUGCGGACCAGAGGAAGAAGAGGAGCGGACCUGGGCAGAAACAUGGCGUCCCGAGCGGCAGAUAUCGCCGCGCUGCUGCGCCAUGAGUGCUCCCUGUUAGUGGAGCUGUAUAGGAAUAAAGAGAACUUCCCAUCAGAUGUGGCUGGGGUCCCCCUGGUUUCCAUCCCCUCUCCUUCCUCUCACCUGGACCCUGGAGACAAACUGUGGCACCUCCAUUCUGCUCUGGAGCAGUGCUGCAGCCUAAUGGAGAGAGCCAUCGUCAGGGAGAAGGAGGAGUUCGAUGGAGGGGAGAUGGGUGAAUACGAGAAGAGGAGGAAGAUGGUGAAGGACCGACUGUCGCGUCUAGUGAUUGUCACCAGAGACCUCCUCAAAGCCACUGAUGGUCCAAGCAUUGUGACCACGAGCUUGGACGCCUCACAGUUAGAUGGUCCCACUGCUCUGUUUGAGCUGAAGCUGUGGGUGUACGGAAUCUUCAUGGAGGUGGAGCACUGGAGCAAUACGGCCAUCCAAAUCUUUCAGGAUCUGCAGCCUGACGCUACCAAGGUGCCGUCGAAGAGGACGAGGAGUUCAAGGAUCGCUCCAAGGAUGAGAUGAGGGUGUUUUAACGGGAGAUAAAGGAUCAGUGUGAAAAGAACAGGACUAUGGCGACAAACAGGCUGAUAUGGUCAGGCAAAGGGUAAGAAUUAAUAAGAAACAUUGAUCAUCAGUAAUAGAAGAAAUGUUGCUUGCUUUUUU